UAUGUCGAACAAUCCUCGCAUAUAUCUAAUAUAUUCGCCUUUUUAUUUUAUGAUCUUUUUUUUUUUUUGCGUGUAAAGUGAAUAAUUUAACUAUUUUUCUAUAGUUUUCAAUUGACACUUACUUUUUUUGGUAUUGGUGCGUCUUUGUAUAUAUACGUUUUUUAGUAGUAUUAGCAAUACUCUCAUAGUCUCUUGUUCGUAGAGGGCUAGUAGGUAGGAGUGCGUUCGUAAUAAUAGGAAAGAGUGCUCUGUUUGUAUUGGUGCGUCUUUGUAUAUAUAUGAUUUUUAGUAGUAUUAGCAAUAGUCUCAUAGUCUCUUGUUUUUAGAGGGCCAGUAGGUAGGAGUAUGUUGGUAAUGGUAGGAAAGAGUGCUCUGUUUGUAUUGGUGCUUGUAGUGUGUUGUAGUCUCUUGUUCAUGGUGUUUUGGUGAUGUUUAUGAUUUUGUAUAGCAAGUUUAUUAUAGUACUUCGUGGUUGUCUUGUUUUCUUUACUAUCUAGCGGUGUGUCGCCCCUUGUUUGUUGUUUGCUUUUAUGUUUUUGUUAUACUCUCUCUCUUUAAAAAAGAAGACCUACUUUAUUUUUUAGUCCGUUUAAAAAUAAAUGACCUCUUUCGUUUUUUGGCAAUACUUUAAUUUCAAUUUUUCAUAUGACAUAUUUAGGACCACAAGAUUAAAGGACAUUUUGGUAUAUUUGACACAACUUUAAUUUAAGGCAACAAGAUUCAAAAAUCUUCUUUAUUUUCUUAAACUUUGUGUCAAGUCAAAGCAGGUCAUUUUUUUUAAACGGACAGAGUAUUUGUUAUCUUUCCUAAGCUGGGGUCUAUCGGAAACAACCUUUCUACUGACUCCUUAAACUCUGCCCUCCCCAAACCCCACGGGAAUAUACUGGGUAUGUUAUUUUUGUAUUAGCAAUAGUCUCAUAGUUUCUUGUUCUUCUCUUUUCCAUUCACUUUUACUUGUCCAGUAUUGAUUUGACUCACUUUUUAAGAAACAAUAAAUAGAAUGACAACUUUAUUAUAUCCAUCUUUGCAAUAUACAACAAUACUUGUCCACUAUACUAAAAUUAAAUGUUCAACAAUACUUGUUCAGUUUGAAAAGAUGGAUAAUUUAUCCAUUUCUAUCAUUUUACAUUAUAUUUUUCAAAGCAUUGAAUUAAUUAUAUUUGAAGGAUAAUAUGGUAAAAUUACUCUUAUUAAUUAUUGAUUCUUAACUAUGUGUGCCAAGUCAAUAGUGAACAAGUAUUUUUGGAUAGAGGGAGUAGGAAAUUCAAUGCUUGGAGAAGCGAGAGGUGUCUUAGAAGUUGAUGCCAUGUGAUCGGGAGGUCACGGGUUCAAGCAAACAAACCUUUUGCAGAGAUGUAAGGGAGUAGGUGGGACACAAUUAAGAACUUCAGACAGCAGAAUGCUUUGGAAGUGCAUAACACUGGAGGCGGAGAAGAUAAAAUCAGCAAUUUACCUGAUUCCAUUCUUCUUCACAUUCUUUCAUAUCUUCCUACCAGAGAUGUUGUGGGCACAUGUAUACUAUCAACACGGUGGAAGACUCUUUGGAUUUGUGUUGACUCCAUCGACUUUGAUGACUCAUAUCUCUACUCAAGUGCGGUUUUUGGUUAUCCGAUGAAGGUCACUUGUUUCAUGGACUUUGUUCACAGAGUUCUUCAACUUCGAGAAGAAUCAAAUUUAAAAAAGUUUCGCCUUUCCUGCCGUGUUUGCUUCAGUGCCUUGCAUGUUAGUUCAUGGCUUUCAGCUGUUAUUAGGCAUAAUAUUCAAGAUCUUGAUCUCUGUCUUUUUGUAGAAGAACCUUUUAUGUUGCCUCAAUGUGUUUUCAGUAGCAAGACACUUACUUCUCUAAAACUUGAAAUGAAUUGUGUUCUGGAACUACCUACUAGUACUUUUUUCCCUUUCCUUAAAAUCUUGCACUUAUGUCUUGUCACAUUUCGGGAUGAUAGCUCAACCCAGAGGCUGUUUUCUAGCUGCCCUAUGCUUAGUGAGUUGGCUAUAUUAGACUGUGAAUGGAUGAACUUGAAGCAAGUUGCAAUUUCAAUCUCUUCAUUAAAGAUUUUGAUAAUUGAUGAUUUGCCUUUCUUUGGCUCCACUGAUGAUCUAAAUGGCUGCGAAAUCGAGAUUGAUGCAUCAAAUCUUAGUUUCCUUAAGUACAGUGGUUAUCUCUCAAAUGAGAUAUGUUUGUAUAACCUAUCCCCCUCAGUCAAUGCAUCAAUUCACAUCCCCAUUCUCUAUGAGAAGCGAAAUCAAAUAGCUUUUCGUGCUGUUAAGCUCUUUAGAGGGCUACACAAGAUUAGCGCUGCGAAAAUAUCUAGCAGAGCUAUUGAGUCUCUCUUCAUCGAAGAUAUAGAGAAAGACCGACUUCCAAUAUUUUGUAACUUGACGCACUUGGAGUUGAGUAUGGAACUUGAAAAGCAUACCAUUGGACCCUUGAAGGAACUGCUCCAAUGUCUGCCAAAGUUGCAAUCACUUCACUUUUCUGAGGGACUUGACCCCUGCAUGCACCUUUGUGAAGAUGACUGGAACUUGAGAUUUGUGCCACCCUGUUUCUUGUCUAGUCUCAAGACACUGAAAUACAGCAAUUUUCAUGGCAAUGUUUCAGAAAUUUCUUUUUUAAGAAAUUUGCUGGAAAUUGCAAAAGUUUUGGAGAAGCUGAACAUAGUGUGUUCAAAGAGACCUUUUGGGGAUCCAAAGAAGCAAAAGGAAGUUAAAGAUCAACUGCAGGGUCGGAAUGGAGGAUCAGCGUCUUGUGCUAUCAAGUUUAUGUAAAACCUAAUAGAGCUUUUACACUGUCCCCAACAAGCAUUAGAUGUGGAUUACUUGCUUCGAGUUUUUGGUUUCUUUUGACAAGUGCAACACCAUGCUGUGGAAACACUUGUGUACUUCAUGGAUCGGUUGUUUUUGGUAAUGACUUCUGCAGAUUCUUGUAAAUCAGUUGGAACUUGUUUUUGUAUUUUGGUCACUAAAGUCUUUCUGAAGUAGUGGAAUCUGCCUGUAGUGAAACAGGUGCACACUUGUUUUGGAAUCUUUGCUCCUUUUUGUCUUUUAUUUUUUGGGAGAUAGGCAUAGAUGCUUUGAAGAUGAUUUUGUGAUUAUUUUUAAUUCAACAAGGAUGGGUGAAAAUAUUGUAUAAAUGUUUGGGUUUUUUUGGGAAAGAAAGUUGUGCAUGCAUUGAUCAA